UUAAACCCCUUCUUAAAAUACAUACACACACAACCAUCUCACAAAAUCUGAUCGUUUGAAGGAAAAGAAGAUGAAUAUGCAGACUGCGCCUUUGAAUUACGCGGUAAACGCUUUCGGCGUCCAAUCUAAUGGUUCGUUGCAGUGCUCAAAAUCGAGAAGCGGCUCUUGGACCCCUGUCGUUUGCUCUUCCAAUUCGAGAACCGGUGCUUACAUACCGAAGCUGGAACCGUUCACCAGAAACAAGAUCGAUAGAGCCGUUAGAGAGCCUCCUUUGAUUCAGAAAGCUGAGAAUCAAAUCGCAGAUUACUGCGUGACGCUUGAAGGAGAUGAGUCCUAUAGCUGCUGGCAAGCCUAUUUUGAACUCAAAGAUCUUGAAAAAGAGUCACCCAAGGAAGAGGUGGAGAGGCUGAUAGUGGAAGCAGGUGGAGUGAAAUCACUCAUCAGGUGUGUGCACGGAGUUGCAGGCAUUCACAAAGCUAAGAAGGAAUGUGGUGAGCUGCGGAAGUCAACAAGCGCUGUGAAAGCAGAAGCUUAUCCCUGUCCGAUCCCGGAUGGAUUGCCCAAGACCUCAGAGGAGCUCGAGGAAGAAGAGAAAGCUCGAAUGCCUGACUCACCUUUCACCAGACUGCUCCGAGCCAGAGGAAGAUGCGCUGCUUGGUACUCCCAGCCACCCGAGCACGAGACGCAUUGACCCUAUAUUUUGUGUUUCUUUUGUAUAAAGGUUAUUGCUUAAUAUAGUAAUUUAAUUAUAUAUGGUUAGCUCAUGGUUUGAUUGUACAUAGUGAGAUGGUGAGAUUAUUAUCUUUUCUAAUAUAUGUAAGGCAAGGUUUAUAAUAGUAAUUUGAGUUUGUUUGUCA